AUGUCAAACAAUAAUAGAAAAUGUGUUGCUAUUAUUGGUGCAGGUGUAUCAGGUAUUGUCACAGCUGUCAAUAUGUUUAGAGUUGGUAUUCAGCCAACAGUAUUUGAAAAAGCAUCAAAUAUAGGUGGAUUGUGGAAUGUCGAUAUAAAACCAUGUUGGAAUUCAAUGCGUACAAAUAUUUCAAAAUUUUCAACAACAUUAUCGGAAUUUCCAUGGCCAAAAGAUACACCAUUAUUUCCAAGUCAACGAGAAGUUUAUCAAUAUUUGUUAAAUUAUGCUGAUCAAUCGUUACCAAAAGAAGUUUUUCGAUUUAAUACUCACGUAUUGAAUGUCACGUAUGGUAAUGAUAAAUCGACCGUAGAAUAUUCUACUAAAUUAAAUAAGACAUCAUCAUAUGAACAAUAUGAUUUUGUUAUUGUUGCAUCAGGCUUUUUUGAUUGCCCAUAUAUACCCAAAGAAAUUGAAAAUCUUUCGUCAUUUCCGGGUACAUUGAUGCAUAGUUCUGCUUAUCGAUCACCAGAACAAGUUAGGAAUAAGAGAGUUAUUAUUACUGGUGCAUCGAUGAGUGCAGCUGAAAUCGCUGCUGAUACAGCAACAAGUGCUAAGAAUGUUUUACAUAUUGUAGCACAUAAUUUUUGGUCACUGCCCCGUUUUAUACCGUUGAAACCAAACGAUUCAGUUUCAUCGUUUCUUCCAAUUGAUUUUGUUUUUUAUCGUCAAUCAAAUAGAAAAACAAGUUCUGAAAUUAUCUUGAGAAGUAAAGAUGAAUAUAAAGAAAUAAACAAGUACUUUAAAUUAAUAACUGGUAAUAGUCAGCAAUCAUCUUGUUUGAUUGAUGUAAACGACGAAAAUCCAGCUGUUGUUGCUAUUUCGGAUAUGUAUGCUGAAUGGAAUCGUGCAGGUAAAAUAAUUCUGAAACAAGGAAGAUUAAAUAAAGUAGAAAACGAUGGAACAUAG